AUGAAUGGGAAUGUAAAAUAGUAUCAAUAAUUAAAUAAAAGCAUUUAGUAAAUAUUUUCUUCUACAAAGAGAUUAGAACCUCUAUCAAAAUAACUAAGCAAACAUGCUAAUGAUUAUUUGAAGUCAACUUUAGAGUAAGAAGAUAAUACUCUUAAUAUGUAAGAGAGUUAAUUGUAUGUGUAAAAAAUGGAUUAAAAUUUAAUGAAUGAGAGAUCAGGAUUCUAAAAUUUUAAAAUGAAUAUAAAAGAUUAAGCUAAAGCAGAAAGACUUUUUAGUGAUGAAAGUGCAAGUGACUGUUCUCCUGUUUUGAAACCUUCUUUACCACAAACACCAACAUAAAAUAAUUAAAAUAACUAAUUGAAGAACAAAGGCAUAUCAUUUUCAAAUCUCAGCAAAACUUAUACAAAUACAAAUGCAAGCUUAUCCCCAAAAACAACCACUUCAAUACCUUAAACUCCUUAAAAAUAGAAGCUUGAUAAAACACUUCAAAAUUAUCAUACAAUUGGUGAAGAAAAAAACAUUUAUACAUAAGACAAAAAAAAAUAUUUCUCACAUUUUAGGAAUUUUUCCAAUCCUUGUAUCCUAAACACUAGUUAGUAGGAGUUUGUGGAUCAAAAUUGUAGAGAAGAAUCUUGCAAGACUAAAAGUUAAUUGAAGUAAAAUCAAAAUUUUUAAUCAAAUGAAAAUUAAAGUGAUACAGAAAAAAAAGAAUAACUUUAAAUAAAAUUUACUAAUCCUAUGAUAUAAUCCAAGUUUGCUUCUCUGCAAUCAACUCCUAAAAAUAAUUAAUAAGAUACUAAAAACUAAUAGAAUCAAUAAAAUAAAGCAAUUAUUUUGACAAAAUCAGAAAAUGCAUAUGGAAUACAUUUAUUUCAUAAUAGAAAUUAACAGAAAAAAUAGAUGCUUAAGCAAUUCUCUAUCCAAGAAUCAUAAAAAAAAAUGAAUAAAACAAUUUUUAACUUAAAUGACAUUAUACCGAAUCUUUAUUAUAUAAAUUCUUCAUACAAAAAUGAAAAAGAUUUGUUAUAGCUUAUUGAAAAAAAACAAUAACAAAUUAAAAUGAGUUAAACCGCUAAAGAUACCCCUAUAAGUAUACAGUCCUAAUAAUUUAUUAAUAUUAAGCAAUCUUAACCUUCAACAAAAAAUUAAUUUUAGCAUAUCUAAAGAUAGAUUAGAUAGAAUCGCUCCCCUUAAAAUAUUUAGAAAUAAAAUAAAGUAGUUUUCAGUAGUUUGCUAUCUUAAACAUUUAAUAAUAAUUUUGAAUAAUAUGAUGUGAUCGAAUCAGGUAUAACAAGAAAACUAAAAUAAAACAUUAGAUAAAAAAGCGCUGUUAGCUAAUCUCUUAAUAAUAGUUAAAUUAAUACUAAAAACUUCAAUUAACAAGUCAGCUUUGAAGAUGAUUUAUAAGAAUUAAUUUAAAAUUAUCAGAGCCCAGGUUGUGAUAGCAUACUAGGAAAUCAAAAUUUGUAGAAAAAGCAAGAAUAGAAGGGUUAAAUCUAUUUAAUAGAUAAUAAUUAAUCAAAAACACCAAACCAAAAUUUUUUGUAUAAAAGCUUGUAUCCAACAAAAUCUAGCUUAAAUAAAAACUAUUAGAGUAGUAUUCAAAAUAUAUUUUUCAAAGAGUAAUCUAAAAAAAUGGAACCUGAUGACAGUAAUAAUGUAAAUAAAUCAAACAAUAGAGCUUCUUCUAAUUUAAAAAAUAUAUAAAGUAAUUAAAUUAAUAUGAAUCCUAAUUAAAAUAUGAAGCCAAACGAUGAAAAAAAUACUAAGUACGUAAAGCUUCUGCUUAAAAUGGAAAAGAAUUAGCAAAUUGAAUAAUUUAAAAUGAUGAAUAAAAAUUAAUCUUUUGCAAUGAAAAAUAAAGAAGACUAAGUAGAAAAGUUAUAUAACUUUUCCAAAAAUUAAAUAAAUAAAAAUCAUUAAGAUACAUAGAGUUAAAAAAUAUUAGUUAAGCAAAAUAAUCCUUUCUAAUUGCUUUCAUCACCAACUCAAGCUUAGCAUUAAUAUAAUUAUAUAUUAAAAAAAGACUUACUUUUUAAUAAAUUUCUGGAGCAAGAAAAACUAAAAUUAAAAUAAUGA